UGUGCACGCGAGUGUGAAAAAAGCAGCCGGCCGAAUUUGAACGUGCAUAACUCUGAAAACAUUUCCCUCGGUGCUUUUUAUUGUUUGUCCAAGUGUUUGUUUCGCGUUUUCCUAUGAUGGUGUUCGUCAAGAACGUCCAAGGCACUCUUCUAGUCGUCGCAAUAUUUGUAGCGUGCAUCAGCGCCAAAACAGCCAAAGUUGUCAACAAAAAUACAAGAGCUAAUUUAAAAACAGCAAACAAUGAAACCAAGAAAGCUCUAAACUCGACUAGCAGGGCCGAAAGAAAUUAUCUCAACCCUUUGCUAACUUUAACAACACCGUCAGAUUGCGACCUGACUCCAAACUAUUGUGAUUUGAACUGCUGCUCUGACAAGGACUGCAGCGUAAUUCAAAGAGAGGCUUUUGAGUGCGAACAAAAAGAAACAGCCGAUUCGAAACACAACUUUUGGAGCUGCAGAGAAAAAACCAACCUUUCCUCUUGGCAUCCGUUCAUUUGCUACAUAACUGACAAUUCGCCCUUUCUUGGCCGCCACUUUCUCGCGCCUCCCGAACAAAUUAACGAAAACAACAAAUUUUUAAAGCUUGCCGACGCCACCCAGCAAUUCGCAAAUGAUCACCCUGCAAAAGCAAAAGUCGAUCCUCCAGUUUACAAAUUCGGGUUUAAGAUGAAAAUUUUGCCAAACAACAAUUCCGAAGAUCAUUUUUUUCUGCCCACUAAAGUGCCUGGCUCGAAUUUCUGUCUUUUAGACAAGCCCGUGCGCUUUUUGAUAAACGAAAAUACUGUUUGUCUGAGGGAGUUGUCUGCAGACUCGUGCGCUAAUUACCCGAUUUCUGUUGAUAAAUUUUUGGAGAGGGUAAUUGGCAACACAGGACAGGCUUUGGAAACUGCAAAUAUCACUAAUAAUUUUAUGUGUUUAAACAAACGAGGUGAAAAUUUUGUCCGAAUUCAGAAAAGAGAUAAUAGGGUAAUUGACUAUUAUUCAAAAGAUGGGAUCAAAGAGAAAUUUGAGCCUUGUACUGAUAUACUAUUCACAAAUUCCUUUUUCGAUCCGCGCACGGGCAUUUGUUACAACGCUCUGAUCAGCGCCGAAUAUAGAAUAACGUGGAAUGGAACAAAUAUCACAUCUGUCAACGCCACUUUUAAACUAGCAGACGUUUCAAUUAAGAUGUACGAAAAAACAGAUUCGAAAACGCCGAAAUUUUUCCUCAGCCAGACAUUCAGUUUUGCGUUUGAACACUGGAAAGCGAAUUUGCAUGAAAUGAAUGAGAGUCAAAAUAGUACAAAUGAAGUGGAGGAACCAAAGAGUAAUAAUUUGCCCAAAAUUGAGCGAUCUGGAAACCCAGGAUAUUUGGAUGGAAAGCCUUUGAUUAUUGGAACACUAUUGAACAGCACAACAGAUGGUGGCAACGAGACGCUUGAAUGGGAGGAUGGCUACCUCAACCUGUUGUUCUCCAAUCUUGACGGUGACUGCGUGGAUUUAUUGCCAGCCUCUUUUGGUUUUGACAUUCUCACGUCGUGUAAACUCAAACUGCAGCUACCGGAAAUCAGCAACUGCACCCUUCUAAGCGAAACUCUGGCCGACUUUUUUGACUCCCUUUACUACGGCGAGCACGCAGCGAAAAAGGGCGACCGGAAUUUCGAGUCACUCACAGACGUGGUGCCCAUACUUUGGUCCGCAGUGAACAAUAAUUCAAGCGAAAAGGACGCCUGCUUAGUAAUGACGGGCGUUUCCAUUAAAGCGCUUUUCUCGGAGCAUUUCAUGGCCGCAGGUGUGAAAUUGAGCAGGAUGGUCGGUCUCCGCAUCGAUCCCCUGCUUCAGAAUUUGUCCCUGCCAGCGCCGUCUGAAUUGCUCGUCUCCACUUCUCUUCACUUUCUCCGCGUCGAUUCAAUUACGGAGACUUCAAAAUUCUGGCUGCAAAUGACGGAGCAUUCUGAGAACUCGUGGCUUGAGAUUUUCGACCCUUUGAUACAAAUUUUCAAGAAUCAAGACAACAUGGAGGAGUUGAUUAUUUUUUGGACAUUUUUCGUUGCGACUGCUUUUCUCUUAAUUGGCAACAGUAAACUCGGGCGUUUCAAUUAAGAAAGGAACAGUUUUGUGACAAGAAUUUAUUUAUUUUUCUUAAUUUGCAAUAAUUAUCAAUUUAAAUAGCACAUAAAUUGUAAAUAUACAUCAACAACCCUAUUAUUAAAACGCAAUUUUUACAUUGUAAAAUUCAAUUGUAAGUGUAGAUUAAAUUUGAGAUUCAAGUAAUUUUUACAUAAGUGGUGGGUUUCCUUGUGGACGGCUACAGUUUGAUGAGAAAAUAAGCUCCCUUAAUUCUAGAGUUAAUUUAUCAGAUAAAAAAAAGUCACUUGACCCUGACUGAUGACCCCGUCUUCUGCUUGUUCAUGUUGGCAAGCAUCAGGGAAAUGUAAGAGGUUAAAAGGUCGUCCAUUUUGUACCCCAGCGCUGUCUCGCAGAGUAAUUUGGAGCCCCUGACCAGGUUGCCAAUGGUCAUGUGGAAGUAAGUGUUGCCCGAAGACCAGUUUGAAAUGCGAGUGAAUGGAUGUGUGACCAAAAUUUCCUAGAAAUUAAAUUUUCG